AGCUGGCUUGGGCGGUCAGACUGGCGGCGACGUGACUGUGAAGACAGGCGUUGGCAGCGCAACCAACAGCGGUGCGAUGUCCCUUCAGACUGCUAAUGCUGGCACAUCCGGCGUGAGCGGCGGUAUGACUCUGGGUACCGGGACAUCCACGAACGGGGCGAGUGGCUCUAUCGCGAUGUCGACUGGCGCGGCCACGAGUGGUGCGGGUGGCGCCAUCACCCUCACAGUGGGUGAUGGCGACACGGGCGCUGGCGGCGCAAUGAAUCUGACUGCUGGUAAGUCAGUUACUGGAGGAGCUCUGAGGAUGACCGCGGGACAAGGCACAGGUGGCUCUGGCGGUCACAUUGUGAUGACUAGCGGCGAAGGCACGACAGCGAGCGGAGCCGUGAGCAUCAGCUCUGGCGAAGCUAGCGGCGUGACUGGAGAGAUGAUUGUGGCUACAGGAAGCGGUGCUAAUGCGAGCGGCGCCAUGACUCUGGGUACCGGGACGUCCACGAAUGGCGCAACGGGGUCCAUCUCAAUGACGACUGGCGCCGCCACGGGCGGCGCUGGGGGUGCAAUCACUGUGACUGUCGGCGAUGGCGACACGGGCACUGGUGGCGCCAUGACGCUGACCGCUGGCAGGACCACUGCGGCAUCGGCAGUUGGUGGUGCUAUGUCACUGACUGCUGGCGAGGGCGCUGGCACCGGCGGCGCCGUGACCAUCACGACAGGUGUCGGCACCGCAACCAACAGCGGCACGAUGACGCUCGCCACUGCUGCUGCAGGCACCAAUGGCAACAGUGGCGCCAUGAGCAUCAAGACCGGUGCUGGUGGUGGCACAACUGGGAACAGUGGCAGCAUUGAGCUUGCCACUGGAGACUCGGCAACAGCUGGUGCGACUGGAGACGUGUCUAUCACCACUGGCGCCGCCACGGGCGGCAACGGCGGCGAUAUCAGCCUGUUGGUGGGCGAGGGCGACACCGGCAACGGCGGCGCCAUGACGCUGACGGCUGGCAAGACCACCGCAAGUGGGGCAACCGGAGGCGACCUCACCGUCAAGGCUGGGCAAGGUGACACAGGUGGCGAUUUGAUUCUCGAUGCCGGUCAGGGUACCAGCGUUGGUGUUGCGUACACCGGUAACAUCACUGUCGGCGUAGACAAUGCCGCUGCGGUCCUCGUAGGGCGCUCUGCUAACGAUGGCCGAGUCCUGCUCAGCGGCAUGGUGGAGGCGUUCACUUUCAAGAUAGGCCGUCAGGACCACUCCGGGCUGAUGGACAAACACCUCAAGGUGGACACCUCCUCCUUCACGGUACCUCUCCUUUACCCGUCAUCCAAGUAUGGUUUCUCGGUGAACGUGCCGGGAGCCGCUCUGGGUGACAUCGUGCAGGUAUCGUUUAGUUCAAGCAUUGGCGAGCUCUACCUCACGGCACACGUAUCAGCGGCGGACACGGUUCGAGUGACGGUGCACAACCCGGGGCACAACGUCGAGGCCGAGCAGCUGCCGGCGGGCGUGUUCACGGUGGUUUGCACCAGCUACGCCUGAUACUAUCGCGCGAGAGCGUGCUCUAUAGAGUUAGAUAAGAUAGCGAGAACGACGCGACCGUCAUGGUGACCAACCGACGGCGUGUAGAGACUACUAGAGCUAGAGAAACGACUGAAUAGACAUUAGUCUUCAAGUUC